AUGGCGGAUAGUAAGAGCACACCUCAGGCCCUCUCCGUCGUGACUUCUUCCGACAAGGCACAAUCUGAGGUGACACAAAAUGAUGUCAACUACCACGAUGAUGAUGACCUGAGCUCGCCCAGGUCUCCCACCUCUCCAGGCUCUCCAGGAGCUUCUCCCGCCUCUAAGAACGCCAAGAAGAACGCCAAGAAGAGGGAAAAGGAGAAGGCGAAGAAGGCCGCUGCUAGGGCCCUGGCGCUGGCUGAGGCCGAAUCUCAGCCAGUAACAGAGUCUGAGGCUGCCCAUGACGAGCAUGAGGAUAGCGGCGCCCCGAACGACGCCGAAAAGAAAAAGAAAAAGAAGAAGAAGAAGUCCAAGUCCAAGACCAGCAAGGACCUCUCGACAUCUAUCGCUUCCAUCCUUGGAGAGCAGCCUGCGCAAACAGAGAUUGCUGAACAGACACCAGAAAUCAAGCCCGCCGUUGAGGAGCAGCAAGAGCAGCAAAUCGAGGAGGUCAGCCAACCAAGUGAGCCCGCGCCGGAGCCUGAGACCGUGGAAGUUGAGGAGGCCGAGCAGCCCGUUGCCGACGCCCAGGUCGAAGAGUCCAAGCCCGAGGAAGCCCCUGCGCCAGGAUCGACUGAACAGACACCGGCGAUGACAACCGAGGAGGCUCCUACGGCCGUCACUGAACCCGUGAGUACCGAAGAGCAAGUUCCUGCCCAGCCUGAGGAAGAAACCACCACCACCACCACCACCACCACCACCACAUCCUCCCAGGAUGAAUCCGCUCCGACAUACGCCGAGGUUGCUGAGUUGAAGGAGGGAGACUCGCCUGCUUCCGAGGUUGUUGUACCUGAGGCUACUGAGGUCACCCCCGAGCCCGCCUCCAGAGUCGUUCUCGAAACCGACGAGGUCCGUGAAAGCGCCGAACCAGUCGAUACCGAGGUCCAGAUUGUCGAGGAGACGAAAGCCUCAGAAGUUGACAACACGCCAAUUGAGAGUGUUGAAGCUCCUGAAGUCAAGGCUGAGGUUGAGGAUGACGUCAAGGUCCCUGAGGUCCCCGCCCAAGGCAAGGGUGGUCUCUCUCACAUUUUCUUCCAUCUUCCCGAGACGACAGAAGAGGUGAAGGAUACUGCUAUUCUUAUUUCUGAAGAGACCCAGGCUUCUGUCGAGGAGACUGAUAUCGAGGAGGAGAAGACCGAAACUCCUGUUGUCGAGGAGGCUGAGACCCCUGCUCCCGAAGAGAAGGCUGAGGCACCCGUUAUUGAGGAAGUUGAGGCUUCUGCUCCCGAAGAGUCCAACAUCGAGGAGAAGACCGAAACUCCUGUUGUUGAGGAGGCUGAGACCUCUGCUCCCGAAGAGAAGGCUGAGGCACCCGUUAUCGAGGAAGUUGAGGCUUCUGCUCCCGAAGAGUCCAACGUCGAGGAGAAGACCGAAACUCCUGUUGUUCAGGAGGCUGAGACCCCUGCUCCCGAAGAGAAGAUUGAGGCCGCCGUUGCCGAGGUAAUUGAGGCUCCUGCUUCUGAGGAGACUGUCGAGACAUCUGCUCUCGAAACCAAGACUGAAGCUCAGGAGGAGAAGCCUGAAACUACCGCCAAGGAAGAGGAACCUGAGGCUUCCGUCACUGAGACCCCUGUUGAGCAGGAUGCUGAGGUGCAGGAGAAGGUCGAGGCCCCUGCUGCCGAGGAAAAGACCGAGGUUCCUGAAGAGAAGCCCGAGACGCCCGUUGCUCAGGAGGAAAUCAAGGCUAAGAUCGAGAAGCCUGUCGAAGCGGAGGAAGAGAACAAGCAGGAGGACAUUGAGAAGUCUCCUGAGCCUGCCGCUGCCGAGAAGCCUGUUUCUGAAGAUGUCACCCUUCCCGAGGCUGUUUCUGAAACCUCCGCUGUCGAGGAGUCUAAGACCGCUGAGGCUGAGCAAACCCCCAUCGUCGAAGCAGUCGAGGCUGUGGAGGAGACCGAGGCUGCUGAGGAGCCCAAGACUGUCGAAGAGGCUCAGACCGUUGAGACUUCUGCUGUUGAGGAGGUCAAGGUUUCUGAGCAGGCUCCUGCUGUUGAGGAGUCCAAGCCCGUUGAGGAGACCCCCGCUGCUGAGGAGGUCGAGGUUUCCGAGCAGGCCCCUGCUGUUGAAGAGUCCAAGCCCGUUGAGGAGACUCCGAUCGUCGAGGAGGUCAAGACUGUUGAAGAGCCUCAGGCCCUUGAAGAGACCCCCGCUGCUGAGGAGGUCGAGGUUUCCGAGCAGGCCCCUGCUGUUGAGGAGUCCAAGCCCGUCGAGGAGAUCCCGAUCGUCGAGGAGGUCAAGACUGUUGAGGAGCCUCAGGCCAUUGAAGAGACCGCCGCUGUCGAGACCUCCGACGUUGAAGAGGCCCCUAUUGUCGAGAACCCCGCUACCCAGGUGCCCAAGGCGGUUGAAGAAUCCGAGUUCGUCGAGGAGACCCCAAUCGUUGAGGAUGUCAAGGUCGAGCAACAGGAAGUUGCUGCCGAAACCGCGAAGGGAGAGCCUGUUCAAGAGACUGCGGCCGAGCCUUCCAUCGAAAGCGCCACCGAGACUGCCACUGCCGCUAUUCCUGAGACGGCCCCUGAACCCGCCGUUGAGGAUAUCAAGCUGGCUAUCACCGAAUCCGCCACUAAGAACGUCGCCGAUGCUGCUGAGGCUGUUGAGACUGUGGCUGAGCCGGACUCCCAGGUCGUUGAAUCUACUCCCGAAGUCAAGGCUACCGAUAUCGCCCAGGUGGAGGCGUCUGAGCCCGUCACUGCCAAGGCCGACGAGAAGCCAAUUCCUGUUGAGGAGACUGUUGGUGAGUCAAAGGCAGUAUUGCCGGUUGAUGAUUCGAUUAAGGACAAAAUCCAAGACACAGUUGCUGCGCCCGUGCAUGAUGAUGUCAAGGAGGUGGUUGUCGAGGAGCAGACUACAGGUGAGGACAAGACUGCCAUUGAAGGGGAAUCUACCAAUGACAGCGUUCAAGUACCCACGGACGCCGUCAGCCAUGAGAAACCUGCUAGCGUUCAACAGGCUGUCGAGGAAGCUCCGGUGGCAGAGACUCAAGAGGAAGCUACCGACAAGCCCGGGUCCUCUCUCAGCGAGACGUCCGUCACAAAGGAUGUCGAGGAACCCGAGAAGAAGGACACCGACGAGAGCAAGUCCAAUGCCACGGAGAUCGCUGUCGGCGCAGGCAUUGCUGUUGCUGGUGCUCUGGGAGCCGCCGCUGUUGCUGUUGCCGACAAGGUCACCGAAGUCUCCAAGCCCGUCACAGAAAAGGUCGUUGAAGUCACCAAGCCCAUCAUUUCGGAUUCUGCACCAAAGGCCGCCACGCUCGAGCGUUCCGCAGCUCACGGUCAAACUGAGGCUGGCUCACUCAUUGCCGAGCGCCCCAAGCCCGAGUCCAAUCCCCAGACGGUCACUGAAGAUGUCAAGUCGACUUCAUCAGUAGAGGCUGAAGCACCCGAGAUCGUUGAUGAGACGGUGCCGCUCUCCGAAUCCUUUCACGUUGUGGAGAAGGAAGCACCAGCUGAAGAAGAAGCUGCAAAAAUUGAUGGAAAGAAGGGAGCUUCUUCUGAAGAUGGUGAGGAAAAAACAAUCCAGUCCGUUGACCAGAAAGGAACACAGACUGAUAACGCUCUUAAUCCUCAAAGGCUCCCAACAGAAGACAGGACAACCAACCAGGUCUCGGUGGACCAGCGUGUACCCACAUCUGCUGUCGUUCUCCCUGAUCUUGACGAUCCUGUGGCUCAGGAAGUGAGCCGCGCCCGCAAUGAGCGGGGGCCGGACAGGAACACCAUUAAGCAAGCAGAGGAGAUGGUCGCAGCAGCAGUAGUCAUCUACGCCACAGCCGAUUCUUCAAGCCCAGCUGCCACUGCCACAGCUGACAAGCCGGAAAUUAACGCCCUUGGUCUCUCAGGAGUGCCUUCCGAGGCGGAUGUGAAAGGAAAGGGGAAGGAUGUCGAGCCUCCAUCACCCACCGCCAGCAAGGACGCUCACAUCAAGAACGUCGAGACCGCAUCGGACCCGACCAUUGUUCAACAGGGAUCCUCUUCACCGGAGCUUGGGCGGUCUAGCACAACAAGACUGCGGAGAUCACUCAAAUCGAGGGAAUCCCAGGAAGCAAGCAACAAGGAGAACAAGGGCACGGAGCGCGGACACAGCAAGAAGAGCUCGAUCUCAUCCGUCUUCAAGUCCAAGAAGCAAUCAUCCACUGCAUCGGACGAGUCUGUGGAAGCUGUGUCCCCCACUUCGUCGGCUGGCGGUACGGACCCUUCGUCACCGACACAGGCCGCCGCUCACCGCCAAAAAAGGGAAGAGCGAAGGAAAGAUGCAAAGGAAGGCAAGAAAACUGGCUUUAGGGCUGCCAUCAGGCGCUUCUUUGGCAGCAGUUAA